AUGCAUGCCGAAGUUCAGCCUCAACAGACUUCUACACAAGUAACAAUAUCGCCAGCUCAUGUUUCCUCACCAUUGACACUAUCUACGUCUCAACAACAACAACCACAAACUCCUUCAACUCCAUCACAUCAUCUAAGUGGUAUUUUGAAUGAAACAGCUAAUUCUAAUGAUUCCUCAACACUAGCAGUUGCAGCCAAUGACAGCAAUAACAGUAAUAACAGUAGCAGUAAUAGUUCAACAAAUAGUAUUGUAAAUAAUCAACCAACGAUGCCAUUACAGAAUACAAUGAGACUCAUAUCCAUGACGCCAGUACGAAUUGAAGAUAUCUAUAGUCGAGGCCCGGUAUCACCUGUCCGGAACCAGCAGCAAAGUAACCAACAACAUAACCAGUCAAUAGAUAAGCAAACAACAGCAGAAGUAAAUAAAAUUGCAACUUCAAAGACAGCAUCACUAUCCAAGCCAAAGCAAGCGCCAUGUAAAUGCCUUGUACCACCAUCGCAUGAUCCAAAAGCAAACAAAGAGAUACAAGAGUUCCAAAUCCCAGAAGCACAACGUCAGCGAAAUUUAAAACAUAUCGAAGAAAAUCCGAAAGUAUUUAGUCUACAGCGAUACACACAAGAUCGUCAAGAAUCACAAACUCAAAUACAAAAGGCACAACGACAACAACGUCCAAGAUAUAUCAAACAAAAUCUAAAAGUAUUUCAUCCAAUCCGAGUAAUACCAGAUCAAGUGCAAGCGCAUGAAAUACAACCACAGCAAGUUCCGCAACGUGUUACGCCUAUCGAAGAAAAUAAACCAGGACUUAGUAAACAUCGAAUUUCCAAUGCAUAUUCUACACAAGAUCACGUAAACCUACAACUGCAAAUACAAGAUGUACAACAACCACGAGAACAAAAGCGUCAAAUCGAAGAGCAUGAUUUAUCAUCACGUCCAACACUGCCACAACGUUUAACGAUAGUACCAGAGUCAUCACAUUGUCAUUCGCAUAGUAAUUUCAAAUCAUCGUCGCAAACGACACAGUGUCAUACGCAAAGUGAUUUCAAAUCAUCGUUACAACCAAAGGAACUUGAGCCCCAGCCGCCAUAUCCUGUUAAUCCACAACAAGCACCACGAGAAGCACCACCAAGAGAUAAUCACCAGUCUGGUCCAUCAUCAUCUUCGUCAUCAACUACAUCGCCACAGAGAAAUUCUACUACAGUACAGCCAGUAUCGAACAAUCGUCAUGUACAACCUACAAAUUCAUUAGAUCCAUUAGAUAUCAAUGUUUUAGAUAGUAACCUUAAUAUGGAACUAUCAAGCCAAGAAACUCAAGCAAAGGAUAAAGUCAAGCGCGACAGUCAACAAGAACCAUGGUCACCACAAGAGGAAUGGAACGUCGUUCAACCAAGCAAAAAAGGAAACAAACCAGAAACUCUCAGUCCAAAGAAACGAAAGAGAAAUCGUGCCUCAUUCUAA